AUGAGCGCCGAGGUUAAAAAGGAGGUAGCACCCGAGAGGGUGAGCCCUCCGGCGGCACUGUCGGUAUCGCCAGGCAACAUUGGACCUGGUGAUCCAAAUCGCCAUUUGCCGCCAUUCAGUAGUUUCUCCGGUGACGUAUCAAUGGACACUGGUACAACGUUAACAACCCUCCACAGCCAGGACGUUGGUCUUGGUCUGACAUCCUCGUGGGAUUAUUACGAGGGUCUGACGGGUCGUCUCAUAGACUCACGGGGUGAAGUUGUACUUGCGAGUCAGUACCGUCCAUGGGAGUCAAAGCACGGUCUCCAUCCGAAUCCCGAUGGUCUGCCGAGCUUUGCGAGUCAAUUUGCCCCGCCGAGUGAGUCAGAGCCACAGUUAACAGCACUCACACCUCUUUCACCAGCAUCGGUGUCGCACUCACCACCUGUGACAUCAGCUGUUGGUCUACCAAGUUUUCAUACACUUGGUUCACCACUGCCACCACCACCUCAUCCACAUCGUGCUCCCGUUGGUUAUCCUCUUGUACCCGCGCCUGUUCAGGCACGAGAAGUGCCAGCGCUUCAACAGCAGAUCCUCGAUGAGAGACACAUUCAGCUUCUUGGGUCAAAUCCUGUUCAGGCAUUUGCACCACCACCUGGCCAUCCACAUCACACGGUUCUGACAGUGGUCAAGCAGGAGUAUCCACAGCUGCAUCACACCAAUUUCCAGAAUCCCAUGUCAACGGUCCUUGACUCGUCACCUUCUUCGAGGAUCGACGGGAGGAAAAAGGAGCGGAGAAAAAAUCGAGGCGAUUCUAUGGAAUCGGAGGAUGGUAGUGGUAAUGUGGAGUCUUCUGGACAAGUUGCCGCGGUAUCGUCGACGGGUAAUCGGGGUCCACAUGGACAUUUGGGCGGUGGGAUUGGUGAUGGUGAUGGGGAUGGUGGACUUGGUGAUAAACCGGCGAAAAAGAAGCGCAAGCGGUGUGGCGAGUGCAUUGGAUGCCAGAGAAAGGACAACUGCGGUGACUGUGCACCGUGCAGAAAUGACAAGAGCCAUCAGAUUUGUAAGAUGAGGCGGUGUGAGAAGUUGACGGAGAAGAAGCAUCUGUAUCACCUACAAACGGGAGAAGGUGCAUUCAGAGAACGAGGGAGAGGCCGAGGAAAGGGGACAACAAGGAGUUACCGAAAAAUAGCAAGACAAGUGAGUACGCCAGACAGUGCGCCAACAGGUCUUGGCAGUCCUCAAGCGGGUAUUGGUGGUCUCCAGCAGCAUCAAGCACCCCAACAACAACAACAACAACAGCAGCAGCAGCAACAGCAGCAGCAGAAUCAGCAGCCAAUUCACCCUGAUCCCAUGCAGCAGACAAAGGACACGCUCAAUCCGGCGGGGAAUCAGCAAUCGGGAGCAUUGAGAAACGGAAAUCCACCACCUCCAGUUGUUUCAAUGUCGCCGGGUGUAAUGCCGUUUUACGGUGACACUGGAGCUGGAUUUCGACCAGCAGCCGGCUUUGGUAAUGCCGUCUGGCAUCAGGGAGUUGCUCCAGUGGGUGCUGUUACUGUCGAAGCCACACCGGCUGCAUGGCCACCUCAGCAAUUUAUCCAGCAGAUACCACCACCCAAUCAGCUCGAUGAGCUGAGGUAUCAUACGCAGUAUAGUGCUGCGACGCCCUAUCAUCCCCAACCAGUGACCUACCAGCAGCAGGCGUUCAUAGCAACGGAUCAAUCAGCAUUUCAGCGUGCUGGUAGUACCGGUCAAUAUGCAAUAACCGGUCAACCAUCGCCCUUAGCCCCCGUGGUACCCCAAACAGGUGCCCCACCACCCCAAAGACCCCUAAACGGUCAAUUCAUGGAUCCAGCGGCGACCCCCAACCAAGCGGUUGGCUACGAGCGUCAAGAGUACGUCAACGGAUACCAGCAACAGGAUGUAACAAUGGCACCUCCGCCCUCAACAACACCAAAUAGUCGCAGUAGUUCGGUCCACAUGGACACCCAACAACAACAACAAUCAAAUCAACAGACCCCCCAAAGUAACCAGAGUGACACGCAAGUCAAGGGAUUUGCAACGAUAGCAACAUCAAAUGUGUCGGGAAACGAGAUGCCUGGGUAUCCACUUCAACCGGGCCCACAGAGUUCACACAACUCUAACGGAUAUCCAGGCUACAUUGAAAUGGGUCAACAGCCACAACAACAACAACAACAACAACAGCAGCAACAGCAAUCAAAUCAAUGGCAGACUGUGUCUGACGCGAGUCAGGGAGCCCUGUGGUCUGACACAAAUUCAAGCGCUAAGAUGGGUAACAAUGGUAUGACAUGGUCUGACAAUCGAAUACAGAAGAUGGAUCAGAGCAUGAUUCAGGGGCAGCAGGAAGUGCCGAGACCCCCGAGUCACAUGAGUUGGGAGACCGGAAGUAUCAAAGAGCCUCAGACACCUCAAUCUUGGCAGGACAACGGCGAUGGCCAGCAGUUGCAGAGUAGCCAACAGUCCCAGAACUGGCCUCAGCAGAGUCCAAAGAUGAGGGAGAAUCCCAGACUGACGCCAUUGUCGCAACCUCAAGGGCCACAAUCUGGCUGGCCUCAGCACUCUCCCAAGCUGCCUGAGCACCCGAGUGCCCCCCAGAACCCCAGGAUGACACCGUCGGGCCAGCACAAUUGGCCGCAGAGCAGUCCUGAGCUUCAGGGGCAAAACAACAAUCAUCAAAACCCAAGACUGACACCCUCAGGCCAGCAGCAGAAUCAGCAGUGGCAGCAGGGCCAGACGAAGAUAGAUCAGAAUCCUCGAUUAACCCCAUCGAACCAGAUGUCCUGGCCAGAUACGCCUACUAGUCAACCGAAUUGGUCACCAAAUAGUAUGAAGAGUGAUGGUAGUCAACAGCCUCAGCAGCAGUGGCCAGACUCCCAGCCAAGUCCACGAAGAACUCCUGGGCAUCAGCCAGCUGCGUGGAAUCAAGACUCCAAAAUCGAUAACCAAAUUAACUGGUCUCCCUCGUCAUCGGAGAAUCAGUCCUGGGGACAGCAGAGCAGCAAGCAAGACAUGCAAAACUCGGGGGAGAGAAUCAUGUGGCAACAGACUGAAGCCAAAGCGAACGGCUACCAGGAGACAGAACAGGGAAGUCGUACGCCAUCUAAUCUCCAGAGUCGACUGAGAUCGAUGAUCCUCGAUAAACAACAGGCGCAACAGCAGAUCCAACAGCAGAUAAACCAUGGACAUCACCAGAUGCCUCAGGGUCAUCAGCAAAAUCCAAACGGUUCUAAUGACUUCCCCACUGAUGACAGAAUACGAGACUCACACGAGGGUAAUGAUAAAGCCCAGGAGAAGAGACCAGAUCAGUAUAUGAAUCAGCCAUCGAUGAUGUCAAUCGCCCAAACUAACGAAUCAAUGACCGGUAAUUUUUUAUUGCAUAGCCACCACCCUCGUGACGAUAGUUUGCACGGCGGUGGUGGCUUAUGGGAGUGGACAGGAGGCAGUAACAAUGUUAAUCCUGAAAUAAUACCCAGUAAUGAAGUACCAUCAAUUCACAACUUUGAGGAUUAUGACAAGAAGAAGAUUGCGUGGGAGAAUAAUCAGACUGACCACGAUAAAGAUAACAAGUCGUUUCAUGAGAGACUUAGGAUAGUACCUGGAGAUAAGGACAAUCAGAUGAAAGGACCAGAGGAGGACAACAGCAUGAAGAUGAACGAAAAACCCAGUGGAAUUGAUUUUAAUCAGCCAAUAAAGCAGGAGUACAAUUGCCCAGCUGAGUCAUCAGAGUCCCAGGAGUCAGAGAGUCUUCCAAAGACAAUAAAAACUGAGCCAGAUCAGGAGGACAACGACAGUGAUUACAAGUUCAGGGGUGACGGUGGUCCAUUGAAAUUGUCAACGGAGACUGGAUCGUGGUGUUGUCGACGUGGUGGCACUGAUCAACCCACCCCGGAGCACCUGCGCGAAGGCUGCUGUCAGGGUCUUCAGACUCAGGACGAAAUAAUAGCUGAUUCACCGUCGAAAUCCAACGACGUGAAGAACGAAUCGCCGGGCAGUCCAAAAACACCAACAGCCAGUACUAAACUACAAGAACACCUCGACAAACUCAAGAACAAUGUCAGGACUGAAGUGCCGGACUGCGACUGCUUUCCAGCUGAUAAAUGUCCACCGGAGCCUGGCUCGUACUACACUCAUCUCGGUGCGGCUGCCAGUCUGCCGGACUUGAGGAAUGAUCUUGAGAGGAGAACUGGAUUGAAAGGAAGUGCCAUUAGAUUGGAGAAGGUAGUUUAUACCGGGAAGGAGGGGAAGACUACGCAGGGAUGUCCGAUGGCUAAAUGGAUACUUCGACGCUCAGGCCUUCAGGAAAAAAUUCUAUCAAUCGUGAAACACCGUCAGGGUCACAAAUGUGCAACAGCCUGGAUCGUGGUGGCAAUGGUCGCCUGGGAGGGUGUACCAACGCACGAGGCUGAUCGAAUCUACUCCCUCUUGACUCACAAGCUCAAUCGUUUCGGUCUCCCAACAACUCGGAGAUGCGGCACAAACGAGCCUCGAACUUGUGCCUGCCAGGGAUUGGACCCAGACAGCUGUGGUGCUAGUUACUCAUUCGGCUGCUCCUGGUCCAUGUACUACAACGGCUGCAAGUACGCUCGUAGCAAGACAGUCAGGAAAUUUCGACUGUCCGUUAGAACCGAGGAGCAAGAGGUGGAGGAACGAAUGCACGUUUUGGCGACUCUUUUGUCACCCUUGUACCUGAGCUUGGCGCCGGAAGCCUUCAACAAUCAAACGCAGUUCGAGCGAGAGGCUAGUGAGUGCAGACUGGGAUUCAAACCGGGUAGACCAUUCUCGGGAGUGACUGCUUGCAUGGAUUUCUGUGCCCAUUCACAUCGAGAUCUUCAUAAUAUGAACAACGGUUGCACAGUGGUUGUCAGUCUCACGAAGCAUCGUUCUCUCUCUCGGCCCGAGGACGAGCAACUCCACGUUCUUCCAUUAUACAUAAUGGAGGAUACUGACGAGUACGGUUCGAAGGAUGGACAGCAGGAGAAGAUUAAAGCCGGUGCUGUUGAAGUUUUAACGAAGUAUCCAUGUGAGGUCCGAGUGAGAUCAGUGCCCCUGCAGCCCUGCAGACGUCACGGUAAAAAGCGAAAAGAGGACGAGCCAGAUACUGGUAUAAGUAAAAAAGAAGUCCUAAAAGCCCCGGAUAAACUGAUUGAAUCACGACCACCAGUGCCAGCAGGACGAGACCCCCAGCUGUCCCUGGAGAUGGCGUCGAUGUUCGAGGGUAUGGACGCCCAACUCCAGAGUUCCCAGGUCUCCUCAACAGUCCUCGACUCGCCAGUCUCGAUGUACCAGGGCUGGGGCUACCAGGGCGAUCAACAGUGGAGUCGAAACAGCUGGUUGGACCAGCGAAAGAACAACUGGCUGAACCCCUGGGGGGACUACUCAUUCGGAGGGCUAGACAGAGACAACAAAGUCGACCCUGACAGCACGAGCUUGGACGACACGAGGCCGCGAUCAUCAGUUCCUCAAGACGAUCACAGACCGAGAUCGAGGAAUCUCCCUCAUUCAACCGUGGAGUCCCCUCGAGGAAGCAACUACAGCAGUUCUCCGAGAGGCCACCCAGUGUCGCCCAGAAGCUCUCACCCCUCGACGCCAGGGGAGCCUUACGCAAUGUCCCCCAGGCCUCCAAACGACCUGAACUACAACAUCCAAUCCCCCCAGAACCGAAACUACCCGACGGACACCAGACAACCCCCAGCCUCUCCGAGAUUCCUGUACCCCAACUCUCCAACCCUAGACCAGCACAACCAGUCCCCAAGGGUGAUGCAGCAUCCACCAGGGCCCCAGGAUCAAAUUCGCCAGUCCCCAGUGAUGCACCAACGACUACCCUCCCCAAAGUCACAAUUACCACGCCUCAAUUACCCACCAAGACCCCAGUACCAGGAUCAAUCUCGCAGCGACUACAGUACAACAAAUCCCAACCAGUCAGACUCGUUCCACUCGAGCCCCGCAAUACCACCAAAUACCGAUUUUACGAUGCAAUCUCAUCGCCACCAUAACCAUCAAGAUAAUCAUGGACAAUACAUCGGUGUCAGUGAUGAAAAGAAACAGGAUCACCGCAAUAGAUGUCACAUUGACGCAAAACCACCGGUUUACAGUAAUUACCCAGUACCAUCGGAUCAACCAGCUACUAAUUACCACGGUAAUUGGAAUGCACUGAAUACCUGGAGUAACCCAGAAUGUCCAAAGAUUGAUCAUCCCAUGAAUCAUCAGAUGGAGGUGAAAAAUCCGAGUGAGCAAAAAAAUUGGGAUACACCAGCUGAUCCCUCGCCCUUUCGCGUCCCAAAGGGACGUCCACCGUCCAGAACAGCGCCAAAUCAGAGCCCGUCCGAUAAUAAUUACCAAAAUCCCGCGAAUAAAACAUUCUUAAAGCCUCAAGAACCUAAACAGGACGUCCUUUAUUCAGACACUGGUAGAACUGGUUAUCAAAAUCAGCAAGAUAAAUUGCGUGAUUAUCACGACACCAGACAAAAUGAGAAUCACAACUCGGGAUGGGAUGACAUGAAGCAAGUGCAAGACUUUCACGCCAUGUCGGGAAUCGGUCAUGCGUUUCCCCAGUACGGAUAUCAUCCUAGUUAUCCGGUGUUUGAUAAGCCUUACGCCAACACGUGGGAGGGAUACAAUUACCAGGGAUACAACUAUCAGAAUCCUGAGUACCAGCAGUUGUACCAGCAGCCAAAACGAGAGCAUUAUUCUGGGCCUCAGUAUCCUUAUCAGGGGGUGCCUUAUCAGGGGCUGAACUCGGGAUGGCCCAGGUGGGAGGCACCUAGGUGGGACAUUUAUGGGCAUCCCCCGUAUUUUCCGGUGCUACCUGAGCCCCCACCCAGGGCAGAGCCCCUCGGGGAAGUUGCCGAUUUCUCGGAUAACGAGGAGUGCUUCAAGGACCCGCAGAUGGGGGGCGUCGCCAUUGCCCUCAGUCAUGGCAGUGUUCUCUUCGAAUGCGCCAAGCACGAGAUGCAUUGCACAACAGCACUGAAGAAGCCCAACAGACUGAACCCGACGAGGAUAAGUCUUGUGUUCUACCAGCACAGGAAUCUCAACAGACCUAGGCAUGGGUGGGACGAGUGGGAGGAGAAGAUGAGGCUGAGGAAGCUGGGGGUCACUCAGCCCUCGACAUCCGGGGGUACCAGCACCACACAGACUGUCACAACUCCAACAUCAGUGUCUUCGGGGAGUGAUAAACCUCCAUUGCCGCACAUUCCUAAUGUUCCGAGCUCACAAUUCAUGAUGAGAUCACCUACUUAUACAACUAUGACCUGGACCACGCUCUUUCCAAUGCAUCCGUGCAUGAUCACUGGUCCUUAUCAGGAGGGUGGUGCCAUAGGAUGAGUUCACGAUGCUGGUGAACGUACAUGUUCAAAGGCCAUCGUAUCGCUGGACUUGUGUCCUUAAUUCGUUAUUGAGGGAUUAUGUCCGUUCAGGGAAAUUCGAUACCAUUCAUUUUUUUUUUGUAAUAAUUGUGAAUUGAGACAAAUUGCACUGCCAUUUUUCUAUUCCACUUGGAUAUCGAUGUGAAUAUGUGAAAAUCAAAUACGUACAUGAUACUUCCCAUUUUUUAUACAGAAAAACAGAAAUAGCCAGGUAGUUUUGUAAGGAUUGCUGGAUUUAUGGUGUACAGAAAACUGUAUGAAGCAGAUUAUUUUUUCUCCUGGGGAUGGUAACUGGUCUGACGGACAUUCUUCUUUGCGCUGUGAGGAUUAUUAGGGACGGGCUGCCAUGUCUUACUGUGCAAAGACUUUGAUAUGAUUAGUUUGUAAUGAAUCUGAGGGACAAAUCUACGAAUUUGUUUGACUGUACAAUUUCAAUUUCUCUAGUGGCUGGCUUUCAUUUCAUUUUUUUUUUUUUGGUUUUUUUGUUUUUAUUUUGUGUAUCUCAUUAGCUAGUCGACAAACGAGUGACAAUUAAUGGUAGUUGAGGAUACAUAUCUCACUGUAUGCACCACAGACUUUGCUCUUCCCAACAUCACAAUUUUUUAUUAUUUUUUCUUUUUGAAUUUCAUGUAAAUUAGCUCCAGAUACCUUUUGCUGGGGACAGUAAUUGCAUUGUGAAUUUUUUUUCAGUUUCUUGUUGAUUAGUUGUACAGUCACCAGCACAAUCGAUGACGCACUUUUCCAUUAUGCGAAUGCAAAGGACGAACAAAAAAUAAUAAUGAUAGAGGAACACGAUUAUAUGAUCUCAAGUUUUAACUGAUAAAAUGGUAGAGCUAUUGACUAUUUUAGCGACAUUUUGUAAAUUUGUGCUUCGUUAUAUUUUGUAUUUAUUUUUUAACGCACCAUUAAUUCAUGUCAUUUUUUUUAUUAUUUUUUCGUUUGCACUUAGCGAUCGUACUGAGUUGGAGACAUUUUACGUAAUUAAAGGAUUUACUAACCACUCGCCAGAAAGUGGCGUUUGAGUACAAAGCAUUUUUUCUUCUAACAAUCAUUAACAAGACACGAAGACUUUUUAACGUGGUUUUAAUUUUCAAAUGGAACAAUUACGUUCCAGGGGAGUCUGUACCUUUUAGACUUUUUUUAAAUGAAUUUUUCCCCUGAUCCCAGUCCUCUUGAUUUACUUGUAAAAACUACUUUAAAUUGUGAAAUUCAAAAUUUCGAAAUUUAUGAAAUUGAAACUAUCAAGACAUUUUCAUUUUAGUCAUUGAAACAAAUGACCAUUUAUUUAUAUUACUGAAUUUUGUACAUACUAGGUGAUGUUUUUGUCAUAUAUUUUCACCCUUAAUCUUUCAUUCUUCAAAUAUCUUUUUAUUCAUUUACAAAAAGGAAAAAAAUUGUAAUCUUUCUGUCUCAUUCAUCUCUAGAACCUAGAUUAUAAAAGAGGAUCGAUGAUGAUCCAUAAAUCGUAUAGUUAAACAUUAAAAAAAAAUCUUAUUUAUUUAUUUGUCGUGACUGUUUUAUUACUCAAUACGAUGUCGAUCCUCGAGUGAGCAAAUUUAGCAUCAUUUCUAGACGAUUAUUGAAUCAUUUGUAACAAUUAGCAGUACACCGUCGUUAGUGAUAGUGAUAAACGAUUAAAAAUGGGAAAAAAUUAAAAAAAGAAAAGUGAAAAAAAAUCAUGAAAAAUCUUUUGUUGAUGCCUCGACGUGCGCGGGAUCGAGGUAAUGACUAAGAGUGAACAAAUAAGAUAAUUGUGGCUACUCGUCACUCCCCCCUCCCCUCCUCCCCCCUCCCGCCUGGAGUAUUAUAAGAAUCAUUAAUAUAUUAUCAUUCAUUAAUUAUCACAUAU